AUGCUGAUUGAUCAAAGGUCUGACUUCCUCAAUAUCGAUGGCACCACAAAGCCAUCGACCCAGGACUGUGGAACAUACAGUCAUGUGCAGAAGAUGUAUGUCGGAGGUGGGCUUAUGAUUGGCAACCCAUCAAUAUCUAUCGAGGUGUCAUCAUAUAUGUGCUCCCUCCAUAGAUCUGGUGAAGUUGCAAAUAGUGCUUAUGCCAUAAUGUCGGAUAUUUUGCUCAAACCCACCAAAAUGGAGGUUCAUGAUGCCUCAAACUUGAAGCAUUUGUGCUGUAGUACACAUUCUGACUGUCCUGUAGAGAUCAAGCCAUUUCAUCUGUGGUCCCUUCCAUCGUGUGAAGCCCAUAUCUGCCCUGUUAGAGCGCUUGCUGCCUGGUUGAGCGAGUCCAAGAUCACAUCAGGUUACUUGUUCCAAAAGAUUGUGUCCGGUGACUGCAUAGCAGAAGCAAACUCUCCAAUAUCCUCUGAACAGUUCCUCAAAUUAUUUCACAACAAUCUCCUGGACAUUAAUGUUGACCCUACCCCUUAUGGUACGCACUCAUUCCAGAGGUGGGAAGGUUGGAGUGUAGAAUUCUUCAACCUAACCAUAGUGAAGUAUCUCAUUUCUUCGAAUGAUGACCCCAUAGAGCCAAGGGAACAUUUUUUUGAUCCUAACAGGCCACCUAUGGUUAAGUGCCCACAGUGCAGGAGGUGCUGGGCUUGUGCUUAA